CUUGCAAUGUUUUUGUCUUCACUGUACGAAAGAGAAUUUUACAUGCACAACAGAUGGGCUCUGCAUUACUUCAGUAAUACAGAAUAGAAACCAUAUCAUACGCAAUAGCAUGUGCCUUGCAGAAAUUGAUCUAUUUCCCAGAGACAGGCCAUUUGUUUGUGCUGUUUCAACAAGUAAAGGAGUAAUUACAGUGCCUCAUUGCUGCGAUAAAGACUUCUGCAAUAAAAUAGAUCUUCCGAUUCCAACACCAGUCUUAGGUCCUGUACCAGGGAAGUUUUCUUCCACUCUGGGACCAGUGGAAUUGGCUGCUGUCAUUGGUGUGCCAGUUUGUUUUGUUUGCAUUUCACUUAUGUUGAUUGUUUAUAUCUGCCAUAAUCGCACUGUCAUACACCAUAGAGUUCCAAGUGAAGAAGAGCCUUCAAUAGACCGUCCAUUUAUAUCUGAAGGAACUACUUUAAAAGAUUUAAUUUAUGAUAUGACCACUUCAGGAUCAGGAUCAGGUUUGCCAUUACUUGUUCAAAGAACAAUUGCAAGAACAAUUGUACUACAAGAAAGUAUUGGAAAAGGUCGAUUUGGAGAAGUCUGGCGAGGAAAUUGGAGAGGAGAAGAAGUUGCGGUAAAAAUAUUCUCUUCAAGAGAAGAACGCUCAUGGUUUCGUGAAGCUGAAAUCUAUCAAACAGUAAUGUUACGUCAUGAAAAUAUUCUUGGAUUUAUAGCUGCAGACAACAAAGAUAAUGGUACAUGGACACAACUCUGGCUAGUGUCAGAUUAUCAUGAGCAUGGCUCUCUUUUUGAUUAUCUGAACAGGCAUACUGUUACUGUAGAGGGAAUGAUAAAACUGGCAUUGUCAACUGCCAGUGGACUUGCACAUCUUCACAUGGAGAUUGUUGGCACACAAGGUAAACCAGCUAUAGCUCAUAGAGACUUGAAAUCAAAAAAUAUAUUAGUAAACAAAAAUGGAACAUGUUGCAUUGCAGAUUUAGGGCUGGGAGUGAGACACGAUUCAGCUACAGAUACAAUAGAUAUUGCACCAAAUCACAGAGUGGGAACAAAGAGGUACAUGGCUCCUGAGGUACUUGAUGAUUCCAUAAACAUGAAACAUUUUGAAUCUUUCAAAAGAGCAGAUAUUUAUGCAAUGGGACUAGUUUUUUUUGAAAUAGCUCAUCGAUGUUCAGUUGGUGGAAUCCAUGAAGAUUAUCAGUUACCAUAUUAUGAGCUUGUCCCUUCUGAUCCUUCAGUAGAGGAAAUGAGGAGAAUUGUUUGUGAACAGAAGUUACGACCCAGUAUUCCAAAUAGAUGGCAAAGCUGUGAGGCAUUACGUGUAAUGGCCAAGAUUAUGAGAGAAUGCUGGUAUGCCAAUGGUGCAGCUAGACUAACAGCUUUACGCAUAAAGAAAACUAUGUCACAACUCAGUGAGCAAGAAGGAAUAAAAAUGUGAUUUUGAAAAUAAUAUUCAAGAAAACAUUUGAAAAUCAAUAUGUGCACCUGGCUUGUAUAUUAAGAACUUUUCUACCUCACCAAGGGAACAGAAAAAUAUUGCUGUCUUUUAUACAGGAUAGGAUAAUCAGUUAUUAGUCCAGGAUUUAUAUAGAUGCAGUUAACAGUUGUAUAGGUUCUCAAUUAUUUUUUGAAGGUCAUAUUGGUCUCUGUUAUGUUGAAAACACAAAGAACAAGCUUGAGAGUGAAACUUGUGCAUGCUGUGCAUGGCACUGAAGGACAGUAUGAAAGAUAUGUUCAUGAUGGUACACUGUAUAUUGUCAAAUUGAUUGGUUUUGUUAUUAAGACACUAUUAUUGAAUACCUUUCAUUGAAACUUAUAUAGGUGACCUCAUUUCAUCUGGAAUAUACAUACACAAUUUAUGCAAUACUUUGUAUUAUAUGUCUGUCUUUUACAUCAAAUAAUUACUUGCCUUUAAAACCAUUGUACUGUA